AUCUGAAGUCUGCAGCCAUUAGUUGGGUCUUAUCAGGCAUCAACAUAUUGUACAAGUACAUCCUCCUGUCCAGCAGAGAGCGGAAAACUCCUGUCUCUCUUUCUGUCUGUCUCUCUCUCUCUCUCUCUCUCUCUCUCUUUCUGUCUGUCUCUCUCUCUCUCUCUCUCUCUCUUUCUGUAUGUGUCUCUUGCUCUCUUACAUCCCAUAGUAGAUCAACCCAACUGGUGGCCAACUAGAGCACUAUGUCCACCAGGGGCAGACGGACAGACAGACAGACAGACAGACAGACAGACAGACAGACAGACAGACAGACAGGUGCGUGGACACAUGUUCAUCAGUGUUAUUUAAAGAGAUCUAGCAGUGGUGUGUCAGUGGUGCAGAGUUCAUCGGUGCGUCUCUGAUCUUCUCUGAUCGCUUCAGAACAUCGCUCAUAGGGAAGGAAGUGAAGUGAAGAGAAGGAGGUUGUGCUCAAUCGACAGACAACACAAAUGAAGUCGCAUGUGUACACCAGAGAAAGUGACCACAAACCCGAAGAGCCGACUUCAGCUGCUCUGAAUUCAUUUAAGAGUCGCUCGCUAUCAUGAAAGUUCAUUACAUUGAAGAAAAAGAGGAUCUGGAGUUGAGGAACAGCAGUCGAUGUCUGAAGCAGUGAAAGGAAAUCGAUUGCAGAAGCGUGUUUUAAACAACUCAGGAAUCAUUUGUGUCCAGACAGAAGUGACUGAAUGUUUGAUCAGAGACUUGCAGAUGUUUGAGACAUUAAUACAGAAACACAAUGAGAAGACUCUGAGAUCAUCUGUCACCACAGGACGUUUUUUCAGUCUUGGGUCAUGAUGGAGAAAUCUUCAUCCCCAUCCUCACCCCCUCACUCCCCGCGUGUCAUCCAGCUCAUUGGCCCAACUCACGUGAGCCCUCCGGAUGCUAAUGAUGCGGCGAAUCGUACUGAACCGACCUCACCGGGGGGAGAGACCGAACCGACCCGGACCAAGGCCGGGACACCUCGGCGGCAGAGCCCUCCCGUGUCGUCAGCAGACCCUGCCCAAAUCUCCUCCUCACCUUCGACACCUCUCCCCCCCAAUAUUCCCGUCAUCAGUCUAGGUCACAGCAAACCCCCCAUGCUGGCCACCCCGCUGACGGCCCUGCACCCAGCACCCCCCCUCCCGCACCGCCCCGCUGAACUGCAUCUGACGCAUCUUUCCUCGCUGUCCGGACCCGCGGCCGCCCUGUUACCCCCUCCAUUUCUACAGACGCACCCUUUCAUCAACAGUUCUUUUCUUGCUCCGUCUAGAGGCUUUGGGAUCUUCAGUAGCGCUCGUAUGAAGAGACGGCCGUCGACACACUUUGAAUUGGAUCUAAAUGAAGGUCCUCCACAAAAGUUGGCUCGUCGUGUUUUCACUAAUAGUCGGGAACGCUGGCGGCAGCAAAACGUAAACGGGGCUUUUUCUGAACUUCGCAAACUCAUCCCAACUCACCCGCCUGACAAAAAACUCAGCAAAAACGAGAUCUUGCGACUGGCCAUGAAGUACAUUAACUUCCUCGUCAGGCUGCUGAACGACCAGGCGAGCGCUCGGCCGCGUGAAAGAACGACGGAUGGCACAGAAGACGCCGCUGGUGAGGUGCGAACCUGCAGUCCCACCCUUCCCCACAGAGACUCCGUGACGGCGUCGCCGGGAUCCAGUUGUUAUGGCGACACAGAUGGCGAGGAGGGAAAAUGUGGUAGCACUGGGAUUGUGGAGAAAGUUCAGGAACAGAUUCUGGUGGUCACAGCAAGUGACUGCCAGCGAUGACCAAGAACAACUAAACAUAAAGCGACCCAGUCAGACAAAAGCACUUCACUCGUACAAACUCUUCAAGACAUCGUGCGGUGAAUUGACAUUUUCUCUCUGAUGACGUCAGGCGUGUUGUUAAAGCACAGAUCUAUAGUUCAUGUGUUGAUAUGAUUCUUCAUGUCUGUUAGUUCUGCAUUUGAUUUCCUCUCACAGGCAGAAGUGCUGACAUAUUAGAAAAAAGACUCAGAUGGAGAAUAAAUAAACAACUUGACAUCAUUUUGAUAUAUAAAUAACAUGGGCUUAUUCACAGCAUUGUAUCUUAUUAAAUACCUUCAGUUGGCUUUGAAA